AAAAGGAACAGCGCUGUUUGCUUCAAUGAUACUAUUGUCAAAGAUUUGAGGAAUCUGAGGCCAUGGGGAUCAUAAAAGGACUGCUGUUACUUUUUAUUACUGCGUCAUGUUUUUCAGUCACUGGAGCAGAGACAGUUGGGUGCAAUGCUAGUUUGGCAGACAUUGUGUUCUUUGUGGAUAGCUCUAGUGACAUUGGUGAUGCCAACUUCCAGAUGGUGAAACAGUUCCUGCAUAAAUUCAUAACGGGAUUCAACGUUAAUUCUAAUAAGGUCAAAGUAGGACUAGCACAGUUUAGUAAUAAUUCUCACAAAGAGCUCCUAUUAGGACAGUAUGCAAGCAAAACCGACCUGCUAGGAAAGGUGGACAAGCUUACCUUCCUAAAGCGAGACACUAAACCAGCAAAAAGUCUCCCCUUAAUUUUACGUAAUCACUUCACUCAAGCAGGUGGCAGUCGGGUCAGUGAGAAGGUGCCUCAGAUUGCUGUCGUGGUCACAAAUGAAGGUACCUCUUUUGACAUGUUGGACGUGGAGAAUGCAACCAAUGAGCUCCAGGGUAUGGGGGUGUUAAUCUUCACCAUUGGAGUUGGUGCAGUGAACAUUACACAGCUGCAAUCUAUUGCCAACCAACCAUAUCAUCGUUUUUUGCUGACCUAUACUGACUACCAAGAGCUGGUAAAAGCAACUGACAGUCUAGUAUACAGAGUGUGUACUUAUCUGGAGGCCCAGCUGCAAGCUCUGGCGCCAAAGGUUUCUGAUGUGUUUGUGCUGGUGGACAGCAAUGUUAAUCAGACACAGGAAUUAACACAGUUCCUUACGCACUUGACCACUAAAUUUAAAGUGGGUUUCUCAUCAAACCGAAUUGCCUUGGCACAGUUUGGAGAAGACGUUUCUAUGGAAAUUCGUUUUGAUGCUUACAAAACUGAAACAGAAGCACUGACACAUAUUGAACAAUUUCGGCUUCGAGGCACUGGGCAACGGAAACUUGGGAAGGCAAUGGAUUAUGUACGUCAAUACCUAACCCAAUCUGCAGUGAGUCGCCGAAGUUCCCAGAGCUACAAGCAGUACCUGGUAGUAGUGGGAACAGGAAAAUCAGAUGACAAGACAUUUAGGGCAAUUCGAGAUUUAAAGAGAGAAAAAGUGACCAUUGUCAAUGUUGACUUAAGCAAAAAAGCAGAGGGGAUGGAUUUUGAAUUCAGAGAAACACUGUUGUCUGCACCUCAGGUACCUAAAGUUUAUCCUACGUCUUUGGCCAGACCUUUUGGACCUGGUGCACCAUAUUUUCCUGAUCCGCCAAAAAUCUUUGACCAAGGAGAAACCCUCUACCCUUCAUCACGUAAUGCUGUACAAUUGGUAGAAGAUGUGGAGGCUGUUGUUUUGUCUGAGGAUGUGAUUAAUGUCAUUGGGGACUGCAGGUUGUCUCCUCUGGCUGAUGUAGUGUUCAUUGUGGAUGUGUCAGAGAGUGCUCCAGCUUUACGUGAUUUUCUCUAUAACGUAAUUGCUGGUUUUGAGAUUGGGUCUGACAAGGUUCAAGUGGGAUUGGUGUUGUAUAGUGACACACCAACAGCUGAAAUAUACUUAAACACAUUUACUAACAAGCAGGAAGUCCUAAAUCACAUUAAACUGAUGCCUUUCUUGGCUGGAAAUCCCUACACUGGCAGGGCCCUUAAGUUUGCAAGAGAGAAGGUUUUUACCAAAGAAAAAGGCAGUCGACGUGACAGAGGAGUUAGGCAAAUUGCUGUGGUCAUCACAAUGCAACAGUCCCUGGAUGUUGUCACGACUGAGGCUUAUGAGCUACAGGCCUCUGGAGUCGAGGUCUAUGCCAUUGGAAAUAAUGAUUUACAGCUGAAACAAAUCGUGUCUUUUCCUGAGACGCAGCAUAUGUUCAUUAUGGAAGACUUUAAUAAUCUAUUUAAAAUGGAGGACAUUCUGAGAACUACUUUGUGUAGUUCUGUUGUCCAUUCAACUGCUGUCAGAUCAAGUGGAUUUAACUUAAAACAAGGAUGUACACAGACUGAGAAAGCGGACAUCUAUUUCCUCCUUGGUUUUUCCUCGAGUAACAACAAUAAGUUUCUGGAGGUCAAAGAUUUCAUCAAGAAAUUUAUGCAAAUGUUUGCUAUUGGACCAAAGCGGGUUCGUGUGGGUGUAGUGCAGUAUUCAGAUAUACCCAAACUGGAGUUUGAUCUGGCAGAGUCUACCGUCAUAACUUCCCUUGAAAAAACUGUGGACAGCAUUAGACUGAAAUAUGGAACUGCAAAUAUAGGCAAAGCCCUGCAUUUCAUGAGCAAGCAGUUUGACGACGCUGACAAGACACGCGACAGCGACACUCAAAAAAUUCUAAUUCUUCUCACUGAUGGAGAGUCUCAAGAUGAGGUGAAAGAGCCAGCAGGAGAGCUGAGAGCGAAGGGGGUCACCAUUUAUACGAUUGGAAUGGACAAUGCAAAUGACAAGCAGCUCCUGAAAAUUACAGAUGACCCGGGAAAGACGUUCUUUGUUACAAAUUUGGAUAAACUACAACCUAUCAAGAAUGAAAUUGCAACUGAUGUGUGCUCCGAUCAUGCCUGCAAGAACAUACUGGCAGAUAUAAUCUUUUUGAUGGAUGGCUCAGAUACCAUUUCCAGUGACAAUUUUAAGAAGAUCAAGGAAUUCAUGAAUUCUAUGGUGUUCAAAUCUAGAAUGUGCAAUGAAAGCGUACAAUUUGGAGUUAUUCAGUACAGUUCACACCCACAAAUUGAAUUUCCCCUCAACAAGUUUAAACAGAGGAGUGAGAUUGUUGAAGCAAUUGAUAAUAUUCAGCAGUUGCAAGAAGAGAUUUCGACUGGGCUUGCUCUUCAGUAUGCCAUCAAUUACUUUGAUUCAUCAGAAGGAGCUCGUCUCGGAGCUAAAAAGGUCCUCAUUGUGAUCACAAAUGGCAUGUCGAAUGAUGAUGUUGCUCAGCCUUCAAAAGCUCUGAGGGAUAAGGGGAUUACCAUUUAUUCUGUAGGAAUCGGAGAAGUCGACAGCACACAGCUGAGGGAGAUCAGUGGGAGUCAAGAUAAUACUUUUUUGUCUAUAAAUUAUGAUGAAUUACAAUUCUUACAGAAAAAACUAUCACUCAAGGUCUACAGCUCUGCUCAAGAUUGUCAGAAGAUACAAUCGGCAGAUAUUGUCUUUUUAGUGGAUGGUUCCACAAGCAUAGUUGAGCAAGACUUUAAGAAGGUAAAGUCUUUUAUGAACGCAUUAGUGGAUAGCACAAACGUUGGACCAUCUGCUGUCUGCUUUUGUACAAUUCUUUACUCUGAUAUAGAAGAGACUAAAGCUAAUUUCACACUUAAUCAGUACAAAAGCAAAGGAGAGGUUAUGACAGCUAUAAGUCAAUUGGACCAACCAACAGGCGACACAUAUACAGCUGAGGCAAUACUAUACUCAUUGGAAUACUUUGGUCAAGCCAAAGGUGGAAGACGUGCAAAUGGUGUUCCACAGAUUCUGAUAGUGAUUACAGAUGGUGAGGCCACAAAUCCGUACGGUUUACCCAAAGCUGCCGAGGAGAUUCAUAAACUUGGUGUUACUGUUUAUGGCAUUGGAGUCGGCAAGGCAAAACAAGACGAGCUUCUAACCAUCACCAGAGACAUCAACAAGGUUUACAAUGUGACUAAUUAUUCAGCUUUGGAGGCUCUGCUGAAAACUUUUUCCAAAGUGAUUUGCACAGAAUCAAAACCAGAAUGUACAGAUGGUAAAGCUGAUUUGGUCAUUUUGAUGGAUGGCUCUGAAAACAUCAAAGAGGCCUCAUGGAAGACCAUGGAAAAUUUCAUGCUGAACCUUGUGAGCAAUCUUCGCAUCAGAAAAGAUCUCUACCAAAUUGGUGUAGCCCAGUUCGGUUAUACAUACAAAAAAGAGUUUUAUUUGAAACACAAUGAAACGGAUGUGAAGACAGCAAUUAAAGCCAUCACGAAGAUAAAAGAGGAGUCACGCAGUGAAGGGACUCAGGUUCGCAUUGGAAAUGCUCUCACUCAAGUACAAGAGUUCUUUCAAGUCAGUAAAGGAAGCCGAGCUGGAGUUUCAAAAAUGCUGCUGCUUAUUACGGCUUCACAAUCAGCCGACAGUGUCACUGCAGCAGCUAAAAAUUUAAGGGCCAUGGGAAUUCAGAUAUCUGUCAUUGGAAUUGGGGAUGUCUUAAUUUCUGAGAUCAAUGACAUUUCCCGGGAACCUAGAAGGACUUUUACUUAUGGUUUCAACAGCCUGGCAUUAAAUCAAACAACCCAGGUGGUGAUCAAAAGCCUUUGCACUCAAUACCCAGCCGAGAUGAAAGAUUGCACUGUUGACAUUGCUGUUGGAUUCGAUAUCACCAGGAUAAGUUCGCAGUUGAUCUUUGGUAGCCAGUAUAAGCUUCAGGAAUACCUGCGUGACAUUAUGCAAAAAAUCUCCAAACUGCCCAAUCUGUGCUGCAGGACUGAACGGCUAACAGAACAUCAGAACAACAUUGGCUUCCGUGUGGUUGCUAGUGAUGGAACGUUAUUAUAUGACACUAACUUUGAGACCAUUAGUGAUGAUAUAAUGAACAAAAUUAUGAACCUGCGGAUUACUCAGGCUCUGGCCUUUAACUCGCAGCUCCUGCAAUCUUUUAUGAACAAGUUAAAAGCUUCCAACGCUGGAGUGAAGGUUGUAAUCAUCUUCACUGAUGGCCUGAAUGCGCAUACAGGGGAGCUCAAGCGUGCUUCAGAUGAUCUAAAGGAAAGUGGAGUUCAUGCACUGCUGACUGUAGCUUUGGAAGGAGUCCAAAGCACCGCAGAGCUACAGAAGCUGGAGUUUGGACGGGGCUUCGACUAUAAGGAGCCUCUCACGAUUGGCAUGCGAAGUGUAGCCAGUACCAUGCAGAGACAGUUAGAUAAUGUGGUUUCGCGAGAGUGCUGUAAUGUGAUGUGUAAAUGUGCUGGUCACGAAGGGCAGCAAGGACACAGAGGAUUUUCAGGACCAAAGGGCAGUCGUGGACAGAAAGGCCAUCCUGGAUUCCCAGGCAACGAGGGAGGCAGUGGAGGGAGAGGACUACCAGGUCUGAAUGGAACCCAGGGACAUCUGGGCUGCCAUGGAAAGAGAGGUCCAAAGGGUGUCAGAGGAUACAGGGGUGAUCAGGGUGAAGAAGGUGAAGAUGGUUUGGAUGGAAUAAAUGGAGAACUGGGUGUCACUGGAUUAGGAGGAUCCCUCGGAGAGCGAGGAGAUCCAGGCAGCCUGGGAAAGAAAGGCCCCAGAGGAAUACCAGGUGUACCAGGACAAAAAGGACUGAGAGGAGAUCCGGGUGAGCCAGGUACUGAGAACAACAUUCGUGGCCCUAAGGGAGAGAUAGGAUAUCCAGGCCUGCAGGGUGAUGCUGGCCCAGAUGGUAACCCAGGUAGCUCUGGAGAAAAUGGAAAACCUGGUCAAAAAGGAAGACGAGGACCUGCUGGUUCACCAGGUGCCGUGGGGCCUCCAGGAGAACCAGGUCUACAAGGAAUUCCUGGAGCUACAGGGCCAAUGGGGAAAAUUGGUCCUUCUGGUGGUCCAGGACAGAAAGGUAUAACUGGUUUACCAGGAGCUCAGGGACCCCCUGGCAGAGUAGGAAACCCGGGAUCAAAAGGAAAUAUUGGAUCACGAGGACAAAAGGGUCAGUCAGGAGACCCUGGUGUUAAGGGAGCAGCUGGGCCACCAGGCUUAAGGGGUGCACCGGGAAAUGAUGGUCCUGAUGGAUUUGGAUUACCAGGACUCAAUGGACAGAAGGGAGAUCCUGGCUUUCCAGGAUAUCCUGGGCUUGAGGGUGAAAUAGGGGACACUGGAAAAAAUGGAGAUCCUGGCCCCAAAGGCACAACAGGAAGAGGGGGUAGUGCCAGCAGAGCAGGAGCUCCAGGUAUCCCUGGCAACAAUGGACCACCAGGACCUAGGGGUGCUAAAGGACCACCAGGAACCAGAGAUAUGUCUACUUGUCAACUCAUCAGCUAUGUACGAGACAAUUGUGUGUGCUGCAAAGAUAAAGAAGCCUGCCCUGCCUACCCCACUGAGCUGGUGAUUGGUUUGGACAUGUCUGUGGAUGUAAGGCCAUUACAGUUUGAGAGUAUGAAGUCAGCUCUGUACUCUCUGCUGGACAACCUAAACAUUGCUGAAAGCAACUGUCCCACUGGAGCACGGGUAUCUGUGGUCUCGUACAGCAACAUCACCAAGUACAUCAUUCGUUUUUCUGACCAUCCAAAUAAGAAGCAGCUGAUGGAAGCUGUGAAGAACAUUGCUCUGGAACGUACCUCUAACCAGCGCAACCUUGGUGCAGCCAUGCGCUUUGUGGGCAGGAACGUAUUUAAACGUGUACGACAAGGCGUACUGAUGAGGAAGGUGGCAAUCUUCCUUAAUGGUGAAGAAUCCAAAGAUGAUACAUCGAUGACCACGGCUAUAUUAGAGUACAAAGCUCUGGACAUCCACCUUGGUGUUCUUGCAUUCAACAAUACUCCCACUCCAAAAAUCCGGCGUGCCUUUGAGGCUAUUGAUGCACAGAGAUUUGUUUUGUCUGUGGUUAGAAGACAACAAAACCCAAGUGUGGCACUCAGGAGGAUCAACCAAUGCGUCAUCUGUUUUGAUUAUUGCAAUCCAGCUACUGAUUGUUUCACCACUGCUAAGUCUGUUCCACUGGAGGUUGACUUGGACCUAGCGGUGCUGGUCGAUGGUUCUCGAAGCAUCCUGGCAGAUGAGUAUGAGGGAGUGAAGCAAGUGCUGGGCACUGUACUGGAUCAGCUUGAAGUGAGUCGUCAGCCCAGCAAUGCGGACAAACAAGCACGGGUGGCUCUUUACCAGCAGAGCUCCUCAUACAGUGAAGCCCAGGCACCGGUCAAGCAGAUUUUUAACUUUCAGCAGUUCCAUAAUCGUAACCUGAUGAAGCAGAGCAUCUUUCAAAAUCUUCAGCAGACUGGCGGCUCCUCCAGACUGGGCCUCGCUAUAGAGUUUAUAAUCAUGCAGGGCCUUCUCACUGUUCCCAAACCUCGCAAGAACAAGAUGGUGCUGCUUUUCAUUGGAGAUCAGACCGAGCAUUUUGAUUUAGCAAAGCUGGACUCUAUUUCUAAGAUUGCAAAAUGCCAGGGUGUGGUGCUCUUCAUCCUUACAGUUGGGGAUCAGUUCAACAGCACCCAGGUGGAGGAGCUUGCCAGCCUUCCAACAGAUCAGCACAUAGUUCACUUGGGUCAUGUAAAGCAGGGAGAACAGGAGUACGCUCAACGAUUUUUAAAUACUUUUCUGCACAUUCUAAGCAGGGGAAUGAACACCUACCCUGCACCAUCACUGAAACAACAAUGUGAGAAUUCCCAACAAGGACAAGGCCAAAGCAAAUUUCCUUAUGUUUAUGAGGCAGCUGAGAGAGCACCCAUUGACAGAACUUCUCUACAAACAGCAGAGGACACUAAGAUCACACAUACAUGGGUGAAAACUGAAUCGGAAAAUGGGGGCCAGCUGAGUUCAAGAUACCAAUAUUCAAAUGAUGCUGCCGAGAUUACAAACACAAAAGGUGCAACACAAGAGGAAACGAACAUCUGCCUCCUGAAGCAUGAACAAGGGCCAUGUGGAAAUUACAAGUUUAAAUGGUAUUACAACAGGGAGCAUGGUGAAUGCUCUCCCUUCUGGUAUGGAGGCUGUCAUGGAAACAGUAACAGAUUUGACACUCAGGAGGAAUGUAAAGCCCUCUGUGUGAGGCAUCGUACUCUACAGUGAUGUAUUUCAAUCUCCAUGUCUUGAUGUGAGGAACACUUAUAUUGUGUAAUCUCUAAUUUUGCACUUCUACAUUUCUACAUAGAGCCAUAUUCAGAGUUGAGCUGAGCUUGUGUUAGCAAGCAAUAUAAUCCAUAUUCAGGGCUCAGACAUGCAGUGGUUAAUAUUUCAUUGUUUAUUUUAUUACAAACUUGGUGGAGGUAGCUGGGAAACAGAAUUAAAACCAUUCACACAGAGCUGGUUUAUUCACAUUUAUCCUGCGACAUGCAUUUUAGCUAUUCACUUUACCAAAUCCUAACUGCUUACAAAUAAAAACAUGGCAGACUCACCUGCUAGAUGGCUAUCAUCAUAUCAUACUGUGGCUGAAGUAAAAAACAAUUUGCUUUCAUUCAUUUAACCACUAGUGCUACUCAUUACCAGACUAGUAAUAAUUAUUAUUAAAGAUAUGCAAUGUAUACGUUUACUGCAUGGCACUGUAGGAUAAACUGGGUUCUGGGAUUAUACUGAUGUGUGUAUUGAGCUUGGAAAUAAGAACACACUGAGGAUGUUAAAAACAAGGUUGUUUUGGUAAAAUAUUUAAAUGUACAUUUAAUACAGACAUUCGUAAAUGAAAAUAUGAACAGAAGUGAUGAUUAGCUUAUUAUUGUUUAUCUGUGUAAACAAACCUUUAAUACAAGCAUGAAGGAAUUAAAUUAAAUAAUCAUUGUGUAGUUCAUGCAUUCUGGUGCUAGUGGUACUGUACCAGUACUGCAGUUUUUUUACAAAACAUCUGGCAAAUCUAACACAUAAAAUGCAUUAGGGCUCAUUUUAAAUGAUUCUAUUCUGUCUAUAAUCCCGGGUGCUCAAGUUGCACAGUGGUAAAAUACGUGAUCCCAACUACUGCUGAACUAUUGGCCGUCUACACAAACUUGGUUGGCUAUGUCUGCAGGGAGGGAAAGCCUUUCGGAGGUGCAUAAGGAGGGUUGUGCCAGAAAGGGUGCCUGAAAGUAUACGGCUCAGAAUAAUUUGAUAAACUUAAUAUCGGAGCACCUGGAAAAAACUUUUAGAUAAUUCUGUGACAAUGGAUCUGAACACUGUGAGCUCCACUCAGGGAAAAAAAACCUGAAGGUUGAAUGGGCUACUCAUAAAAGCUACUUAAACAGCUGCAUAAGGGACAUUGGAUACAAAUGAAUUUCCUCAUGAAUUGUGUUGUCAUUUCUUAAAUCACCAACUCUGAAUACAGCCCAGUCACAAUUUAGUUUUUACUGUCACUGUUUUGGUCUUUGUUCAUUAUUUGUUGUCCAAGAAAUAUAGUUUAAAUAGGGUUAAAACCUUUGAAUCUGUUACAUGCAGUUACCUGUUACAUUUUUAUAAAAAAUUCUGCUGUUUUAUGCAAAUAAAGUUGUGAAACAAUUCAAAUAU